GCAAAUAGCUAAAGUUACAUAGUAACAGUUUUAUAUAUCUAUAUAUAUAUACAUAUAUAUAUAGAUAUAUAAAAUAACAAAAAACCUUUCUGAUAUUUGCUGAAGUUCCUAACUGCAGCUUUAAACCAAAGGUUUAAUGCCUUAAACUAGUGCUGAUGUGCAUCCAUGGUGUAAUGGUGUAAUGGUCUUUAUGGUCUACCUCUGUGCUCGGUCAGCAGUGCGCGCCCCCGCGGCAGAGCGCCCCAUCGCCGCGCAUCGUGAACGCGCCUCUCCAUGCGGUUUGAAUAAAGAAGAAAAAAAAAAACAGGAGAAAAAAAAGAAAAAACCAGCUGAUGAUGAAAAGACAUGAAUCUGUUCCUGCAGCGGAGAGCAGAGACCGGUCUGAUUACCUCAUCUGAACCCGGUCCCGGUGUCCUCCGGUGGGGGGGUCCGGUCCUCCGGUCUUUGUCAGCCGGUUCACACUCAGACAGAGCAGAGCGGGUUUCUCUCUCUGCAUGAAGCGGCUCUACCGGAGCUAGACUCAGUGGUUCUAACACGCUAAUAGACCCAGUGCUGUUUUAUUAACGCGCUUUGUGCAGACUCGGUUCGGUUCUGGUUGAUCUCCUGCAGGAUCUGAUCACCUUUUGUCUGGAGGAAGACGCGCCUGAUGCUGCGGUUCACCGUGAAGUCACACUGACGAGAGGAAGCACCGGAUCAGGUCUUCGGCUGGUUUUCCUCCUCGGGUCUUUUGUGUGAGGAAUUGACCUGUCAUUCCCGGACCUGUUUCCCGGUCCAGUCCUGGGUCCUGGUCUGGGUCCUGUCCCUGGUGGUCCCGGGUUGAGCAGCACCAUGCCAGAGUGCGUGUCUGUGUCGGAGUUCCUGCAGGAGGUUCAGGAUGACUGGAGCUCACCGACCACCUCCUCCUUCACCUCCAAGAUGAUCAGCUGCAGGAACACCGUCUACCUGCUGGAGGAGGUUUUGGACAGUGACCGGUUGGUGUUGCAGAAGAUGAAGAAAGCUGCUAAAGCCAAAUACACAUCAGGACAAGACCACGUGUCUCAUCUGGAGCAUUACAUUAAUUCGAUGGAGAAGCUGUCGGUCAACUGUCACUCAAACGGAGAGGCGGAGGUCGGAUCUGCCUUCUGCCGGCUGGCCGACUUUUCUAAAGAGCUCCUCUCUCCCAUGAAGAACCUGUUAAAGAGCAUGCUCCACAAUAUCAACUUCUUCCUGGAAUCUCUGGUUAAAGGAGACCUGCGGGAGGUGAAGGGGGAUCUGAAGAAGCCUUUUGACAGAGCAUGGAGGGACUACGAGAGCAGAUUUAAGCAGGUGGAGAAGGAGAAGAGGGAGCUGGCUCGUCAGUAUGGGAUGGUGAGGAACGAGGUCAGUGGAGGAGAGAUUGCAGAGGAGCUGGAGAAGGAGAGACGCUCCUUCCAACUGAGCAUGUGUGAGUAUCUGAUUAAGGUCAAUGAGAUAAAGACGAAGAGAGGAGUUGACCUUCUGCAGAACCUCAUCAAGCACUACCACAGCCACAACAAUUUCCUGCAGGAGUGUGUUUCCACCACUCAGAGGUUGAAGCAGUACAUGGAGGAGCUGAACGGAGUCCUGAACACGGUGAAGCAGCGUCAGGAGGAGGAGAAAAAGCAGCUUGUGACUCUCAGAGAUCAGCUGAGGCCGGUCGUCCACACAGAGCAGGACUCUUUACCUAAACAGGUGUACAGUAUGCAUCAGCUGCUGGGAGACAAACAGUACGGGACCGAAAGGACAGGAUUCCUCUACAAGAAGAGUGACGGGUUGAGGAAAAUGUGGCAGAAGAGGAAAUGUUCAGUUCACAACUGUUACCUGACCAUCGCACACGCCACGCCUAAUAAACCUCCUACCAGACUCAACCUGCUCACCUGUCAGGUUAAACCCAGUGUGGAGGACAAGAAAUGCUUCGACCUCAUCUCUCAUAAUCGGACCUACCACUUCCUGGCAGAGGAUGAAGCUGAGUGUGUGGCCUGGAUCUCGGUGCUCAGUAACAGUAAGCAGGAGGCUCUGAGCGUGGCUCUGGACGGGGGGAUGAGAGGAGGGGGGAGUGGGGAGAGCAGUGUGGAGGAUCUGACCCGGGCCAUCACUGAUGACAUCAGGCGGAUGCCAGGAAAUAACAACUGCUGUGACUGUGGAGCUCCAGAUCCUGGAUGGCUCUCGACCAACCUGGGCAUCCUAACCUGCAUCGAGUGUUCAGGGAUCCACAGGGAGAUGGGGGUCCACGUCUCCAGGAUCCAAUCUCUGAGUCUGGACAGUCUGGGGACCUCAGACCUGCUGUUGGCCAGAAAUGUUGGUAACUCUGGUUUUAAUGAGAUACUGGAGGCGAACCUUCUGAGUCCGUCACUGAAGCCCUCCCAUCACAGCCACAUGGGAGAGCGUAAGGACUUCAUCCUGUCAAAGUAUCAGGAUGUUUAUUUUGUGAGGCGGAGCCACAGCUCUAAUGCAGCGCUGCGACUCGGCCUGCAGGAGGCGACCAAGAGCUGCGACAUCUACAGUCUGAUCCAGCUGUACGCUCAGAGGACCGAGCUGAGCCAGUCGCUGCACGCACACAUACAGGAGAGAGGGGAGACAGCGCUCCAUCUAGCCGUCCUAUUGGCUGACAGGACGUCGCUGCACAUCCUGGACUUCUUAGCUCAGAACUGCUCCAAUGUGGACGUGCAGACAUCAGCAGGAAACACGGCGCUGCACUACAGCUGUCUGCACAACAAGAGCGACUGUGUGAGACUGCUGCUGAGAGCCAGGGCCAACAUACACAUCAAGAACGAGUUAGGAGAGACGGCUCUGGAUGUGAGCCGCAGGUUGAAGCACGGCCACUGUGAGACGCUGCUGCAACAGGCCCAGUCCAACCAGUUUGACCAUCACGUCCAUGUGGAGUACGAGUGGAGGCUUCGUCAUGACGAUCUCUACGACAGUGACGAUGACUAUGACGACAAGAACGGUCCAGUGAAGAAGGAGCGCUCCAUCUCGUCCUCCUCCUUCACCUCCUCUUUCUCCUUCACCUCCCGGGCCUUCAGCUUCAGUCAGCCCGGCUCCUCCUCCAUCACAGCACCCUCCUCUGGAGGAGCUGGAGGAGGAGGAGGAGGAGGAGGAGGACUGCUCAGUGUGGGGAGGAGGCUCGCCAUGGCUAUGGAGCUCCACAGCCGGCCCUCUGGCUGCGCCUCCAGCCCCCCUCCUCCUCCUCCAUCCUCCCCUGCACCUCCGCUGCCCCCCAGGGUCAAAGCUCCCAACGUUCCUCCCCCUCCGCCUCCUGAUGGGGGGGAAGGAGUUGGGGAGGAAGAAGAGGAAGAGGGGGAGGUCUUCUUCUCCCUGACAGGAAACAGAAAGUCAACGCCUCCCCCUCCCAUCGCCGUCCGACACAAGAGGAGCUGCUCCGAGUCCAGCAAGCACGAUUACGGGUUGCCAACCAGUCCCAGGAUCUACAGCGGUCCAGACUCCUCCUUUAAGAUGUGUGUUCCAGGUUCUCCUCUCGGCUCGUUGACUGAACGACCAGAAAGAGGUUUUCGGAGAGCAGACAGUGACGGUAGCUCCUCCCACUUCCUGCAUCCUGCCAGAAAAGCCCCGCCCAACGGGUCUCCCACCAGUCCGCGCUCUCAGAGCUUUGAGAAUGACAGCAGACGCCACGCCCCCCAGCCGCUUCCUCGCAGAUCAUUGCCUCGUGGCACAACGAGCCGUCGAGUUGAGGCGCUGUACGACUGCCAGGCGGACCACCACGAUGAGCUGAGCUUCUGUGAGGGACAGGUGCUGGUGGUCCUGGGACAAGAGGACUGUGAUUGGUGGCACGGUUACAUAGAGGACGAGCCGGACCAGAGAGGUUUGUUUCCGUCCUCCUUCGUCCAGCUGCUCUCAGACUGACAUGAACCUGGACCGAGCCAGACCAGACCCAGACCGGUGCAGAUCCUGGACCAGUAUAGAUCUAGACCACAUCAAUCAGUCUGGAGAACCAGAACCUGCAGCUCAGGAGAACCAACCAGAUCAGUACUGAGCAGCAGAAGCUGAACCCAGAUCAGACGUUCAGGUUUUUGUCCCACUCCACCUCCCAGGAUUGGAAUGAUCUGGUCCUGACCAGCUUGGAUGGUCCAGCCACAGUUCAUGUUUUCAUAGCAGCUAGCGUUUCUUACGCCUUCUGUUACCGUGGAAACGUUACGGAUGACCUUUCGGUGAAGAAUCUAGACGAGACUAGAUCUUUAUGUAGCUCGGGUCAUGUGAUAAUGUUGCCAUGGAGACUUGCUCUCACAAACUGAUCGGCGACAAUUCAACUCCGAUGUUGACGAUACUUUUAUUUAUUUAUUUAUUUUAAAUUAAAAAUAAUAUUUUAUUAAGCGCACAGAUACUUCACUUCAAAAUAAAACAAUCCACAGGACUUUUAUUUUGAAGUUCAACAGAACAACUUUUUUCUGUUCUAAUUUAUUCUAAUGUAAUUAAUGUUAUUGAUCUGGUGGAGAUCAAUCAGCACCGCUGUCCCAUCUCAGGCUCCGCCUCC